UCCCUGCGAGCACAAGUAAGGAUUCUCAGCCGUGACUCUGCUCUCCAGACGCCGCCUGGCCUGCUGCUGUUGUCCCGUUAACUCCGAGCGAACAGAGGAAAAAAAACCGUCCAAAAACCCGCAACCAUGGGAGUGGAAGGCUGCACCAAAUGCAUCAAAUACCUGCUCUUCUUCUUCAACUUCAUCUUCUGGCUUGCAGGAGGUGUGAUUCUCGGCGUGGCUCUGUGGCUCCGACACGACCCCAAGACCAGCAACCUGCUCGAGCUCAAGUUUGAGGACACCCACGCGCCCAGCACCUUCUACAUCAGUGUUCACAUCCUGAUCGCUGUCGGCGCCGUGAUGAUGGUGGUCGGCUUCCUCGGUUGCUAUGGUGCCAUCCAGGAGUCCCAGUGCCUGCUGGGAACUUUCUUCGCCUGCCUGGUCAUCCUGUUCGCCUGCGAGGUCGCCGCCGGCAUCUGGGGCUUCAUGCACAAAGAUACUGUGUCGAAGGAGAUGAUCAACUUCUACGACUCGGUGUACGACAAAGCCGUGUCCGACUCCAUCAUCAAGGACAGCAGGCAGACCGCGCUCUCCGUGCUCAAGGUCUUCCACGAGACGCUGAGCUGCUGUGGAAAAGACCAGCUGAGCUCCGUCAUCACCGCGGCGUCAGACGCCCUGGGCUUCUCCAACGUCUGCCCUCAGUCUGGAGCCCCAGUGAGCUGCCACAGCAGGAUCAGCCAUCUGUUCUCAGAUAAGAUUUACCUGAUCGGCAUCGCCGCCCUGGUGGUCGCAGUUAUCAUGAUCUUCGAGAUGAUCUUCAGCAUGGUGCUGUGCUGCGGCAUCCGCAACAGCCCCGUCUACUGAGGCCCCGGGCCCCCAGCUGGCCCCCGAUGGAAGGACAACCUCUCCCUCCCUCUCCCUCUCUCUCUCUCCCUCUCUCUCUCUCCCUUUCUCUCUCUCUCUCUCUCUCUCUCUGUAUCUCUGUCUCCUGUUUUAUAACCAGUCCGUUUCUCACAUACUUGCUUGCUGGAUUUAGUCCGUUUUUUUUGAGAAGACGAUAUGAAUCAUCGUCCGUGGAGCUUCGUGCUUCCCUGCUGAAGACUAUACUCUUUUAUCCCUCUUGGUUUUAUGGAUGUUUUUUCACCGUUUUAUGUAUAAACUGUAUAUAAAUAUAUAUAUUAACAGUGCUUUAUGACUGCCUGAGCAUGGAUGUUGUAUUAGGUCCCUCGUACAUUUCUCCUGCACUCUCUGCUUGUUUGCCUUGCUCUAGACUGAACUAGAUGACGGUGUAUAUGACCAGCAGUACAGGCACGAAGCUAGCUAGCAUCCCCUAGUGUUGGUCUCAGCCAUGCCACCGAGGGGUGAACACACACACACACACACACACACACACACACACACACACACACACACAGAUAUACACACAGACUAUCCCAUAGGUUCACGUCCACUUCGUCACGUCACGUCUGCAGGAAGUGACUCGAUGAGGGAAACGUCUCGAUGGGUCACUCGAAUCGAAGCCAAAGUCAAAGUGAUCUGAUUUUCUUUUUUCCGUCAUUUUGGCUCCAUCGUUUUUUUUGGGUUUUUUUUCUUUUUUGAUUCGUUUGUUUUCGAUUUGUGUUUUUUAGCGCCGUGUUCCUCUGAUUCCUCGUCUCGUCCCUUCCCCCUGUCCCGUGUUUAGUGUUCCGUGUUAAAACCCCACCUCAGAUUUAAAUAUUUAAAGCCAUAAUUUCGCCCGCACGGCGUUCACACUGUGAGCAAAACGGUUCAUCUGUCGUUCUGGCCCGACUUUUUCCAGCUCAUGACGCUGUGUUGUUCUCCUGAGAGUCGCGCACACACUAAAUGAGUCUGUAAUUGAAAAAAAAAAAAGCCCAAUUACGUGACUGUAGAGCUUCUUAACGAGCAGGACGAUGGACGCAGGUUUUCUGCAAGUGUCGUUUUCGGGAGGUUUCUUCCUGUAGUCUCUCAGCUCAAAGCUGCAGAGAAAGCUGGGAUUAUUAUGCUGUUUUUUGUUUGUUUUUGUUUUUGUUUUUUUGGUUCAUUUUGCACUUGGCAGGUGAAGCUGCUCCUCGUGAAAUUAAACCACAGAUCAGUCAGGAAGAGCUCUGAUUGGCUGUGGUUUGGCGUUUCUCGGCCGUCCCGCCUCCUGCUGUCCGUCCUCACAGCUGAUUAGACGAACCCGUCGCGUCUCACAGUGUGAACGUGCAGCCGGACUCACACACACACACCGAACGAACGAGCCGGUUUGGAGAGAGCGCUCGUUCUGGACGUGGGCCGCCCGGCCCCGUCCGGUCUGACCCGGUUUAGAGCGACUAACACACACACACAGCCGCCUCCCGCUCACGUCGCCUCCAUGUAAAGCUUCAGCCCCGUGCGCACUCCAGAGCAGUGGGAGCCGGUGUGUGUGUGUGUGUGUGUGUGCAUGUGUGCAUGUGUGUGUGUGUGUGCGUGAAUGUGUGUGCACAUGCAGCAGUGUGUCUCCCUUCCUGCCUCCUGUGGUUGCAGUAGCGGUGUUUGACCAGCAGAGGGCGGUGGAGUCACACUGAAGGCUGAUCGGAUGCACAGCGCUCCAAGUUUCUCUGUCUCACACACUCGAGUCCUCACACCACUUACACACACACACACACACACACACACACACACACACACCAUAUCAUCUUGUGUAACCCUUCAUAUUCUUAUUACGGCUCUUGCCAGCCGACCUUGUCUUGUUAACAUGUUAUACCUAUUACCGAGAACCAGAAAAAGUGUCUUGUAACAUGUACAGCUCCGUAGUAUUCUACUAAUGAAAACCAUGAAGGCUGUGGAAAGACAAAUGUAUGCCUUUUUUGCCUUUUUAUUGUGAUAUCUUUGUCUGGUACGUCGUCAGAGGUGUCUUGACAGAAAGGGUGGCAGAUUGCGUGGCAGUGUCGCUGAAGAGAAACGUGUCCGGCUGUCCGGUUCCCCUCCAAAAAACGUAAAAUCACUGAAAUUGGAUACAGCCGGUACCCGAGUUGAGGGGGGAUGAGGGUAGAUGGCAUCCCCCCUGAAAUAAAAACGGUCAAAGUCACCCCCCCUGUAAAACUGCCAUCCUCACUUUUCAUCAAGUGAAAAAAAUUGAUCAUCCCCCCUGAAUUUUUAUUACAAAAAUUUUUACAAAUGAAACAAGGUAAUUAAAAAAAAAAAAUCUAAAUAUCAUGAAAGUAUAAUUGUGCAGAAUUCUGGAUCUUUCUAAGUCACAGAAACAUGUUGUAGUUCCCAAAGUCAGAGGAUAUCAUUUGGACGGAGAGCUUGUGAAACUUGUUUGUGAUCAGAAAAAAAUCAAGACGAGAUUCACUUCUCAGCCUCAGCGAUACGCAGCGUCUCGGUUUUUGUAUCGCGAUAUAUUGAAUUCUGCGAUAUCGUCCCGUCCCCGUUCCACAUUAUUUGCAAAGUUGAUUAUGGUUUGGCUUGGCUCAUGAUAAAACGGUUCGGUCCGGUGACACGGCGUGCCAUGCUCCUGACAGUAUUCCUGUCCAUGUUGCUGCCUUCCAACAUGGCGCCUGACGCUGCCACUCAGAUCUCAGCCCUUUCUACUCCUGUAGACUUUGGUUUGCCCAAAUAUUAAGGGAUUAAAUGUAUUUUACAAAUAA